UUGUUGAACAACUACAGCGGUCUCGGUCAACCCACCUCUCAAACCUGAACAUAUAAGAAAGUUAAAGUUAGAGUUAGGCUUUUUUAGAACAACAUCUAUGUGUGCACGAUUAUUGGGGAACUAUUGGUGUGAAGAAUUGUUAUGCAACUGUAUUCAAACUGAAAAUGUUCCCAUCUCACUUGUUUAUCGUCAUCCAUUAAAGUGAGAAUAAUAGACAUACAACUUUAAAUUGACAAACAUUUCUGACAUUUAAAAAAAAAAAUCUGUCGGUUUAUUCAUUAAAAAAAAAACAAUAAACCGACAGACUUCCAUUCAUGGAGUCUGUCGGUUUCUGUUGACUAUCAACUUCAUUAUUCUUUCAUCUUCAAGGCUUGGGCUUUGCAGUCCUCCAUAUCGUCCUGCAUAAAAUUUUUUUCUAAAAAAAAAAAAGUGUCUUCUAAAAACUGGCAGCAGUUUUUGGGAGUUGAUUUUGAGUCCAUCUUCAACCUGAAAAGGCCCAACUAGCUCAUCUUUUGUAAUGCUCGCCCAUACCAAUACCCCGCCUCCACCAUGCUGGUGUCUGACGCGAAGUGGAGCUGCCUAAUAAUUAUGCACACCUUGAUAUAGGGUGUUGAUCUCCUUAGGCCCCGCCUUCCCUCAUUAAACAAAUACACAUCAGCCGAUAUGUUUAUUUUCAGUAAGCAUUCAAGUGUAUACCGCUUGGAGUUUGCAUAAAAAUGAAGAUAUGGUCCAAACUAAAACUUGCCCGCACGCAGUGUACAGUAUACUUUUGUAUUUCGCUCCCCUUUGUCGAACCACCAAGUUGUGCAAACGUAGAAUUCAAAAAGCCAAUUAAAACUGACCUUUUAAAACGCAAAGAAAAAGACAGCAGGGAUAAACUGCUUUCCUUCCUACUUUUCAUAGUUUUGUUUAUAUACGUCGCCCGGACUGGAGUGGGCGGGGUCCUGACUGCUGUUUUUCUUAGGUAGCCUGUUAAAAUGCCCGAACUCAAAACACUUCUUUUUCCAAGAUGGCGUCGAUGAAGGACAGCGACACCGGCCUGUGGCUUCACAACAAACUAGGAUCCACGGACGAGCUGUGGACGCCUCCGAGCAUCGCCUCCCUUCUCACCGUGUCAGUAAUCGACAAUAUACGGUUAUGUUUUUCGAGCCUGUCGCCGCCGGUGAAGCUCAAACUGCUGCUCGGGAUGCUGCAUCUUCCCAGGCGGACCGUUGACGAGAUGAAGGAGGCUCUGUCUGAGAUAAUCCAGCUGGCCACGGUGGAUUCAGAGCCCUGGGUGCUGAUGGUGGCCGAUAUCCUCAAGUCCUUCCCGGAGACCGGAUCUCUCAACCUGGACUUGGAGGAGCAGAAUCCGAAUGUGCAGGACAUUCUCGGUGAACUCAGGGAGAAAGUGGGCGAGUGCGAGGCAUCCGCCAUGCUCCCUCUGGAGUGCCAGUACCUGAACAAGAACGCGCUGACCACUCUAGUAGGACCACUCACUCCACCCGUCAAACAUUUCCAGCUCAAGAGGAAGCCAAAGAGUGCGACGCUGAGGGCAGAACUGCUUCAGAAAUCAACAGAAACGGCGCAGCAGCUGAAGAAGACAGCUGGAGUGCCUUUUCACGCCAAAGGGAGAGGACUGGUCAAAAAGAUUGACACGACAACUCCUCUCAAAGGAAUCCCCAAGGCCCCGUUUCGCAGCCCCACUGCUCCCAGUUUAUUCAGCCCUCCCAGUAACCGCACGCCCAUCGCCCCCCCACGGACUCCUCUGCGGAAGGAGAGAGGGGUCAAGCUUUUAGACAUUUCAGAGUUGGACAUGGUUGGAGCUGGAAGAGAGGCGAAGAGGAGAAGAAAGACUUUGGAACCAGAAGCUGGAGAAAAAGCAGCCAAAGAGGAGUCGGUGGUGGAGAACACCACACCAGAUUACGCUGCUGGCCUCGUCUCUGCUCAGAAACUUGGAGCGCUAAACGAGAAUCCCCUGCCCUCUACCAGCUACCUGCCGGCCACGCCCAGCAUGGUUCCCUCCUCCUCUUACAUUCCCAGCUCCGAGGUGCAGCCAGCCAACGCCGGUGGUUCUGGACGGGACACGCUGCAGGCAGCUCGCCAGCCAGAGGAGUCCACCACAGCAGCGGCCGGCGCCGGCUCCACCUUACCCAACCAGUACAAGCAGCGGACACCCAUGUACAACGCCGGCUCCACGGCGAACCCCGCCACGCCCACGUCCCCCAGCACGCCCACCUCCACGCCGGCCAACAACGGGCCGCCAGCGGCCGCAACCGCAAGCCAGCCAGAGACGCCCACCCAGCCCCCCACCACCCCUCAGACCCCUACGCCGACACCAGCACCUACGCCAGCACAACCCCAACCCAAAAAGAACCUCUCACUCACGAGAGACCAGAUGUACGCUGCUCAGGAGAUGUUCAAGACCGCAAACAAGGUCACCAGGCCAGAGAAGGCUCUCAUUCUGGGGUUCAUGGCUGGAUCCAGAGAGAACCCGUGCCCAGAGCAGGGGGACAUCAUCCAGAUCAAGCUGAGCGAGCACACGGAGGUUCUGCCCAAAGCCGACGGCACCGGCAGCACGACCAUGCUGGUCGACACGGUCUUCGAAAUGAACUAUUCGACAGGACAGUGGACCCGCCUCAAGAAAUACAAACCCAUCACCAACACUUCCUGAAGGGACCCAACACGCUCAAAAUCCCCACACCCCAAAUUUCACACACACACAC